UUGUCUGUUCCUGUUCGUGCCACCACUGGCGAUGGAUCUCUUCUUCCUCUCCCUCUCUCAGCUCGAGUUCUGACCAAACCAGACCAACCCAACCACUGGACCGGACCCUGCCUCGUCCUGGCUCCCGCGAUCUACUUCUCUAGCGCUCUCGAGCUCGACGGAAUCCCGAGGAGAGAGAAAGGCAGGCGGCCGCAGAGGGCGACAGGUGCCCAAGAACCCACCCGCAGGCAGGCAAGACGCGGCGGGGGGAUGGGGCAGGCUCUGCGCAGGCUCUUCGAUUCCUUCUUCUCCACCAAGGAGAUGAGGGUUGUGAUGCUUGGUCUGGAUGCAGCUGGUAAAACAACAAUAUUGUACAGGCUGCACAUGGGAGAGGUUCUUUCAACAGUCCCUACAGUGGGUUUUAAUGUUGAGAAGGUUCAGUAUAAGAAUGUGGUAUUCACUGUGUGGGAUGUUGGCGGGCAAGAAAAACUCAGGUCACUCUGGAAGAUGUACCUCAGUAAUUCUGAUGCACUGAUCUAUGUUGUUGAUUCUUUGGACAGAGAAAGGAUUGGAGAUGCAAGGCAAGAAUUUCAGACCAUUAUCAAGGACCCUUUGAUGGCAAACAGUAUAAUCUUAGUAUUUGCAAACAAACAGGACCUGAGAGGUGCAAUGAGCCAAGAAGAGGUGAGCGAAGGACUGGGAUUGCAUGAUCUCAGGAACAGAAUAUGGCAUAUACAGGGGACAUGCGCACUCCGUGGUGAGGGCCUAUACGAUGGGCUUGACUGGCUUGCCUCCACCCUGAAGCAGUUGCAAGAAACGGGUCAUGCAACUUCAGUUGCUGGCCCUUCCAUCUAAUUCAACAGAAGUGACCUCAAGUGCCUCAACCAAUCGACGCUACCUGCCACAAUCAUCCGUUUAUCUGCCACAAGCCCACAAGAAUAUGUUCCAGUGUAUGCAUUCCUUGGUGUGGCUGCCUGCAGAUGGAAUUGUUUUGUUUCAUAUGAGCUCAUUCGUCCGGCAGGAACUCGCAUAUCUUUCUCCCGACAUGUUUGUAAAAUGUUGGAGGUGCGUAUGCCGCCAUGGAACUUGUGUGUAUACCUGAGGGCUGCUGCACAUUAUCGUUUUGUUGAAUGCUGAUUACUUAUCAAUAAGAAGGUUGGUUUGUGCUUCUGGUAA